UCUUCAACCGAGGCAAAUCAAUUCGUCAAACCCUGCCUGUCCAAAGCUGACCCUCUCAUUAUUAAAUUAUUACUUGUUUAAUAGAAAAGAUAAUCAAAAGAUUUACCGACAAAUCAAAAGAUUGAAAACACGCAUUAAUAAGAAAACUCAGAUAUAUUGUGAUUAGUUACAUCUAUAGACUAGGAUCUAAUGUUAAUGACAAACAAAUUCAUCUAUAGAGUAUUGAAAGAAUGCCUUUAUUAGUCAAGUAGUUAACGACUAUAUUUACGUUUUUUUUUUCCACUGGAACUCAAGUCGGAUAUUCACCUUAUAAGACUACAAGCAAUGGAGGUGUUGAAACUUUAAUUCAACAGUUUAAUACUUACAAUGCAUGUGUUGAAAGGAGAGUUGAAUCAUAGGUGGAUUAAUCAUAGUUGAAUAUUUUCAACUAGUUGAAUCGAACAUGGGUGGAGAGAGAGAGUCCACGUGUCAUAUUAUUAUUAGAGUUAAAAAUUGAAAUUUGAGGAAGAAAGAGAAUGAAAUAAUUUAUUUUGUUUUUUCCACCUCCAUUAUUUGAUGUCAUUUAUUUCAUAGUAAAUUAAUUUUUAUAUUUAUAUUUUAAUCAUAAAAUUUCAUCAUUUUUCAUACUCUAUUAAUAGAAAUUUGUUUCAUUUUAUUUGGACAUAUAUUUAUAAAUAGAGAUUAAUCUCACGUUUAACCAAAUGCAGUGGUGUGUUUAAUCAAACGUUUAAAAUGAUUUGGCACACAACUAGCUGAAAAAAUUAAACCCGUUGAGAGGGAGAGAGACAGUCUGAUGUGGCAUAGUUCCAUUGGCCAAAGAGAAAGUGGUUCUGCCGACUUUUCUUUGAUUGGCUGUGUUUUAGAUUUUUUUUUUUUCCUCUUCUACAUUAUUUCAUUCAAUUAUUGUAUAUUAAAAUAUUUAUUUUAAAAAAAAAUUAUAUCAAAAUUUAUCAUAUUUCAUAGUCUAUAAAUAGAGACUUGUUUCAUUAGAUUUGGACACAGAAAAAAAAACCAUCUUUAGCCUCUCAUAACUCUCGUUUCUAUAUUUUUUCUAUCUUCUUUGAAAAAAUGGAUCCCAACAAAAACUCUUCUAAUAAUAUCCAAAACCCUUCAAACAACCCUUUUAACUAUCCGAAUCCCAACAACUAUCCAUUCCAAAAUCCGUUUCCUAACCCCAACCAACCCCAAAACAUACCAAAUUAUGGUUUUCCACCAAGUUUUUUCACGCCAUCGGCUGUUCCAAACUACCAUCCAUAUUAUGGUUCGCCAAUGUCAUAUUCAUCUCAACCACCCACUUAUUCUUCUACUCCAACGGAUAAGGAAAUUGCUUCGAAUGUUGGAGCAACUGAAUUUCCCGAGUUUUCUACACAAAUGACUCUUGGUGGUAUAAGUGGGGUUAAUGAAGCAACUCUUGGAGCAGACAGUUCAGCCUCUGCUACCCGAAAAAGCGUCAAAUGGACAACUGAGCAAAAUUUGGUGCUAUUGAGUGGGUGGAUCAAAUACGGAACAAACAGCGUUGUUGGCAGAAACCAGAAAAAUGAAUCAUUUUGGGGCAAAAUUGCUGAGUAUUGUAAUGAACAUUGCUCAUUUGAUCCUCCGCGCAGUGGAGUUUCAUGCAGAAAUCAUUACAACUACAUGAACCAAAAAUUGUCAAAAUGGAUUGGCGCUUACGAUAACGCUAAGCGUAUGCAACAAAGUGGGUGGUCGGAGCAAGAUGUAUUGGCGAAAGCGCAAGAAAUCUAUUCAGGUGGUGGUACCGGAAAUUUCAAUUUAAUGAAAGAAUGGAUCGCUGUCCGUGAUCAACCACGUUAUGGUAGUCAAGUUGGAGGGAAUAGUGGCUCUAAAAGCAGUGGAUCUAAGAGAGCCCACGAUAGUGAUGCUAGUGACUCUAACUCUGUUGGAUCCACUGCUCGUCCAAUGGGAAGGGAUGAAACAAAGAAAAAAGCUAAAAAGAAAGGCAAGAGCGUAGCCCUGGAAGUGGUCAACGAAGAUUUUAAUGAAUUCAAACAAAUCAAGGCUCAAGAGUUUGAACGCUUGGAAAAAUUAGCCAUGUUGCAAGAGGAGGCAAACGAAAGGCGAAAGGAGGCAAUCCAAAGGCAAGAGGAGGCAAACCAAAGGCAAGAGGAGGCAAAUCAAUUGAUGAAAGAAAAAACUCGGGCUAAGAAGAUGAAGAUGUGGCUGAAGCUAAGUGAAAAGGAACAUCUCAAUGACCAGAGCAACGAGUUGUUCCAACAGUUGAGCUACGAAUUAUUUGGAAAAUAAUUGUAGUCACAAGUGGUUUCUGCAUCAUC